GCGAGCCUGACCGACGCUGCCCGGCCGCAGAAUGCACGGGGGAAAAAGGGGACUGGUGGCACCACAGAACACUUUUUUGGAAAAUAUUGUCCGUCGCUCAAGUGAGACAAGUUUCUUGUUAGGGAAUGCACAGAUCGUGGAGUGGCCUAUAGUUUACAGUAAUGACGGAUUCUGCAAGCUCUCUGGUUACCACAGGGCAGAGGUCAUGCAGAAGAGCAGCACCUGCAGUUUCAUGUACGGCGAGCUGACAGACAAGAAGACAAUAGAUAAAGUCAGACAGACCUUUGAUAACUAUGAAUCCAAUUGCUUUGAAGUGCUGCUCUAUAAGAAGAACAGAACCCCUGUGUGGCUCUACAUGCAGGUGGCCCCCAUCAGGAAUGAGAAUGAUAAGGUGGUCCUGUUCCUCUGCACUUUCAAGGAUAUCACUGUCUUCAAGCAGCCCAUUGAAGAUGAGACCACCAGAGGAUGGACCAAGUUUGCCAGGCUGACCAGGGCAUUAACCAAUAGCCGGAGUACACUGCAGCAGCUCACGCCUAUGGACAAGACUGAGGUCAGCCACAAGCAUUCACGAUUGGCAGAGGCUCUUCAGCUGGGCUCUGACAUCCUUCCUCAAUACAAGCAAGAGGCUCCUAAAACUCCGCCUCACAUUAUCCUGCACUACUGCACCUUUAAGACCACUUGGGACUGGGUCAUCCUCAUCCUUACCUUCUACACGGCCAUCAUGGUGCCCUACAAUGUCUCCUUUAAGACCAAACAGAACAACCUGGUGUGGUUGGUACUGGACAGCGUGGUGGAUGUCAUCUUCUUAGUGGAUAUUGUGUUGAACUUUCAUACUACUUUUGUGGGACCUGGAGGAGAGGUCAUUUCAGACCCAAAGCUCAUACGCAUGAACUACUUGAAGACCUGGUUUGUCAUAGACCUACUGUCUUGCCUACCCUAUGACAUCAUCAAUGCCUUUGAAAAUGUGGAUGAGGAUCCCAUUGCAGACCCUGCUGCAGUGGGCCACUUGCCAGCUGCGGCCCACUCUUCACGCAACGCAACACGUGCAGAGGACUCAAUGUUGCCUGGUCUAAGCAGCCUCUUCAGCUCACUGAAAGUGGUGCGAUUGCUCCGCCUGGGUCGAGUGGCACGCAAACUGGACCAUUAUCUGGAAUAUGGUGCUGCUGUAUUAGUUUUACUAGUGUGUGUCUUUGGCCUGGUGGCACAUUGGCUGGCCUGCAUCUGGUACAGCAUCGGUGAUUGUGAGGUUAUCGAUGAGGACACCAACAGCAUCAAGACGGACAGCUGGCUUUAUCAAUUAGCUAUUAGCAUUGGUAUGCCAUACCGGUAUAAUGCCAGUGGCUCUGGCCAGUGGGAAGGUGGUCCCAGUAAGCACACGCUCUACAUAUCUUCUCUCUAUUUCACCAUGACAAGCCUCACCACCAUUGGAUUUGGAAACAUUGCUCCAACUACAGACGGGGAGAAGAUCUUCUCUGUGGCCAUGAUGAUGGUGGGAUCUCUACUGUAUGCCACCAUCUUUGGAAACGUGACCACUAUCUUUCAGCAGAUGUACACCAACACCAACCGCUACCACGAGAUGCUGAAUAACGUGAGAGACUUCCUGAAACUCUACCAGGUGCCUAAAGGACUGAGUGAGAGAGUUAUGGACUAUAUUGUGUCCACGUGGGCCAUGACCAAAGGCAUAGACACAGAGAAGGUUCUGUCCAUCUGUCCUAAAGACAUGCGUGCCGACAUCUGUGUACAUCUGAACCGGCAGGUAUUCAACGAGCACCCUGCUUUCCGGUUGGCCAGUGACGGCUGUCUGCGCUCUUUGGCGGUGGAGUUCCAAACAACACAUUGUGCUCCAGGAGACCUCAUCUUCCAUGCAGGGGAGAGCGUGGACACUCUUUGCUUUGUGGUGUCUGGCUCAUUGGAAGUCAUUCAGGAUGAUGAGGUUAUUGCUAUUUUAGGUAAAGGUGAUGUUUUUGGUGACGUGUUCUGGAAGGAAACCACUCUGGCUCAUGCCUGUGCUAACGUUAGAGCUCUGACAUAUUGUGAUCUGCAUGUGAUCAGGAGAGAAGCCUUACUUAAAGUGCUGGAGUUCUACACAGCCUUUGCCAACUCCUUCUCCCGCAACCUCAUCCUCACCUGUAACCUCCGCAAGCGGAUUAUUUUCCGCAAAAUUGUUGAUGUGAAGAAGGAGGAAGAGGAAAAGAGACACCGGAAGAAUGAAGUGACACUGUCCAUCCCUGUGGACCAUCCUGUCCGCAAGCUCUUCCAAAAAUUUAAACAGCAGAAGGAGAUGCGUACCCAAGGUCCAUCGCAGCCUGACCUGGAGAAGAACCAGUUUCAGGUGGAGCAACACCUCCAUCCAUUGUCCCACCAGCUCCAUCAGCAGCAAUAUCAGCCCCAUUGCCAGGGCCACCAUCCCCUUCAACAUCACCAUAUGGCCCCCAUACAAAAUGGGGUCCCUGGCUCAGGCAAUGGGAACAGUGGUUCUAGUGUUGUGACUAUCUCACAGAUAACCCCAAUCCAAAGUGCCCUAGCGUACGUUCAGGCCGAGGAACCCAGCAUGAGCGACGGCCAUGAGGCCAUGGAGCUUAAGCCUAGCUGUGGUGUAGAGGACCAGAGUUGUCUAAAGGUUACAAGUCCUGUGAGACCCAGAGGAGGAGGAAGGGGACGAGGCUGGAUGCGUUUCCAUAAUGCUGCAUCAGGAGCUUCCCCCAUGCUUCCACUGGAACUGGACAAGCAGCAGCAAAAGGAAGAGGAAUGGGGGGACGUUGCACAGCCCCUGAAUGUUAUCUCUGAGAAUCGCAAGAUCCAGGAAGCUGAAGGUUCAGGGUCUAGCGAUAAGGGUCCAGCUGGAAAUGGCAAUGGUAACAGUGGUUAUGAGACAGAUGAGAAUAGUGCCCUGCACAAGACUGAUUCUUGUGACAGUGGAAUCACAAAGAGUGACUUGCGUAUAGACAGGGUAGGUGAUUCGCGGAGCCCUUACGAAAGGUGCCAAAUAGAGAGGAGUCCAAUGGAAAGGAGUCCGUAUGAUCAGCUUAGUCCCGGGGUGUGUGAUGCGACUCUUCGGGAUAUUCACUUUCGGCCCAUUCCUGAACAGGCUGUGCUUCAAAACAGCCUGUAUGAGGCAAAGCUGGAAUUAAAGGGGGAUAUCCAGACACUAAAUAGCCGGUUAGCAACACUGGAGGACCAAGUGGGGGAGAUUUUAAGACUACUCUCAGAGAAGAGGAAACCUUCCCCAUCUUCUCAGACCUCCUCACCAAAAACCAAACCUCAGUGCCAAGACAUCUUUGCUGUUUCUCAGCCUGUCACUCCAGAUACAGAGGGGGACGAUGGACUCUUUUGA